AUGCGAACAACCAAAUCAACCAAGUCUGUAAAGGAGGUUCGUUGUAUUAGUGAAAAUUUCUCAUGGAGAGUCUGUGCUACAAAGAUGAAAGAUUCACAUUUCUUUGUCAUUCGACAAUACUAUAGUCUUCACAGUUGCUCGUUAAUGAACCGAAAUGCCAAUCAUAUACAAGCAUCCAGUCGUGUUAUUGGUUCUCGUGUACAGGGACACUUUAAGAAUAGUAAAGACCCACUCAACCCAAGAAGCCUCGCAGGAUUCAUGCGUGAGGAAAUGAAAGUUCAAGUCAGUUAUUGGAAAGCUUGGAAAGGAAAACAAUGGGCUCAAAAUUUGAUUAGAGGAAUGGCCAAAGAAAAUUUUGCCUUGCUCCCUUCGUAUUGUCACAUGUUGAAGCGGGCAAAUCCAAGUACAGUUACCGACAUUGAACUUGAUUCAGAAAAUAAGUUCAAGUACUUUUUUAUGGCUUUAGGUGUGGCCAUAAGAGGGUCCACUUACGUGAGGAAAGUAAUUGGAAUUGAUGCGGCUUGGAUCAAAACUAAGCAUAAGGGUGUGUUAUUAGUAGCAACUACACAAGAUAGUGAAUAUCCUACUUACCCCAUUGCAUGGGGUUUGGUUGACAGUGAGAAUAACGCUUCAUGGAUAUGGUACUUAGAGAAGUUGAAGGAGUUGAUGCCUGAUAGCUCAGACUUAUGUUUUAUUUUUGAUAGACAUCAAAGUAUCAAACAUGCAGUUCGUCAUGUUUAUGUUAUGGCUUCUCAUGGGGCAUGUUAUUGGCAUGUAAAACAGAAUAUAAAACACCAUUUCAAAAGUGCUGCAGGGACUAAAUUGUAUAAGAAAGUUGCAAUAGCGUACCAUAUUGAAGAGUUUAAUAAACACUUCGACCAACUUCACAAAAUAUAUCCACGUGUCACUAAGUAUCUUGAGAAUGAUGUCAAGUUCAGAAAGUGGUCUAGAGCACAUUUUGGUGGUAAUCGAUAUGAAGUCAUGACCACUAACAUAGUUGAGUUAGUGAACAAUUUGAUGCGAAAGGCAAGAGAGUACCCUAUUAGUGCUAUGACCGAUUUUAUCAUAAGCACGAUGGGACAAUGGUUCCUUGAACGUCGACGGGAAGCAUAUGCAGUGACAACUCCAUUGACACCGAGGAGGGAAGAAAUAUUACGUAAAAGAUGGGAUGAAGUCGGUUCAUUGAUAACUCUCCAGUUAAACGAGAAUGAGUACAAUGUGAUGUGUGGAGAACUCGAUGCAAUAGUAAAUUUAAGGUCAAAGAGUUGCACGUGCAAAGUUUUCGAUAUUGAGAACCUUCCAUGUAUCCAUGCAAUAGCAGCAGCAGGAAAGGCCAACCCCAAAAUAUUGGGGAACUCAUAUAUUCUAUGUGUGCAAAAUACUACACGUCAGAAUAUUGGUUAUUAA